GAGCUGGAAUUAGCCAGCCCCGCUGCCGUGCCCUGAAAUAUGGAAUUUUUUGUCCUCAAGGCACCUCUGCAAGAUUUCCAAUGAACAAAGCAAACAACCCCUGGGACCUUCUGUAAGCUGAGGCAGAGAUGAGGAAGAUGAAUGACCAAAGUGGCUGCUACAGGCCUGUAAAUAUCCAGGGGAACAAAGUCAGUUACCGCGGCAGCUGCGGGGACAGCGCGGAAAAGGAGGUGAAAAGGCUGCAGAGGAGAUUCCUGCACAAGGAUGGCAGCUGCAACGUCUACUUCAAGCACAUCUUCGGGGAGUGGGAGAGCUACGUGGUGGACAUUUUCACCACGCUGGUGGACAUCAAGUGGCGCCACAUGUUUGUGAUUUUCUCCCUGUCCUACGUGCUCUCGUGGCUGUUCUUCGGCCUGGUGUUCUGGCUGAUCGCCGUCCAGCACGGGGACCUGUUCAGUGAUGAGGAGGAGGUCACCCCCUGUGUGGCAAACGUGCACAGCUUCACAGGAGCCUUCCUGUUCUCCCUGGAGACCCAGACCACCAUUGGGUACGGCUACCGCUGCGUGACCGAGGAGUGCUCGCUCGCCAUCCUCAUGGUGAUCCUGCAGUCGGUGCUGAGCUGCAUCAUCGACACCUUCAUCAUCGGGGCAGCCUUGGCCAAGAUGGCCACGGCCCGCAAGAGGGCCCAGACCAUCCGUUUCAGCUACUACGCCGUGGUCGGGCUGAGGGAUGACAAAUUCUGCCUGAUGUGGCGCAUCGGGGACUUCCGGCCCAACCACAUGGUGGAGGGCUCGGUGCGCGCGCAGCUGCUGCGCUACAGGGAGGACAAGGAGGGCAGGAUGACCAUGGAGUACCGCGACCUGAAGCUGCUCAACGACCAGAUCAUCCUGGUCACACCUGUCACCGUCGUCCACGAGAUCGACAGCGACAGCCCCUUGUACGGCCUGGACCGCAAAGCUCUGGCCAAGGACAACUUUGAGAUCUUGGUGACGUUCGUCUACACGGGCGACUCCACGGGCACCUCCCACCAGUCGCGCAGCUCCUACGUGCCCAGGGAGAUCCUGUGGGGCCACAGGUUCAACGACGUGCUGCACGUCAAGAAGAAGUACUACAAGGUGGACUGCUUGCAGUUUGAGGAGACCACGGAGGUGUACGCCCCUCACUGCAGCGCCAUGCAGCUGGAGCAGAAGGAGCAGGAGUGGAACCGCGCCGAGAAGACGCGGGAGAAGCAAGCGGAGAAGUCAACCCUGGAGAUCAAGUACAGCCAAAAGUCCCACAGCGCUGUUGCUCUCGUCACCAGCUGUGAGGAGCCUGAAGAGCCGGUGACAGCUCCCAGCCAGCCUCCUGGAGAUGUUUCCUACAGGAAAGCAGCUGUGACCUUGAACAGGCUCUCCAUAGAGUCCCAAAUCUGACUUUUCCUGCCCUUGGAACCCCUCCCAGCAAACUGUCCCCUCGUAGCUCCUUGGAUGCAAACAAUGAACUCGUGUGCAGCAGUAUUUGUAUCCCAGACCUUGCUGACAGCGUGCCCGCACUGUCACACAUUGUCACACCCUGUCGCAAUGGGCUGGGCUGCCAGGGACAGCUGUGGGCACAAGGGAGCAGCUGCCACUUGGGAUGCCCAGAGAGCCCCUCGAGCAAACCCUCUGUGAACUUUCUUCACAGGACUGGCCACGUCCAGGGACACGGAAUGACCUCGGCAGGGCACACAAACCAUGCCCUGGGUCUUCAUUGGUUUGGAAAGCCCAUUCCCAGUCCCUCCAGGAAGUUCUGAAGCUCCAUUAUCCCAGCAAAUGAUUCCUCAGGUGGAGCCUCAUCCCAGAGCUUCUCUGAGGAAUCUAUGGGGCUGUUCUUUGUAAGACAAGGGAAUAGGUGACGCCCCAGGGACAGCUGUGGGCACAAGGGAGCAGCUGCCACUUGGGAUGCCCAGAGAGCCCCUCGAGCAAACCCUCUGUGAACUUUCUUCCCCUGCAGGGACCAGGGUUGGCCAUGCCCAGAAUGACCUCAGCAGGGCACACAGACCAUGCCCUGGGUCCUCUGGGUAGGGGUUUCAAAGCUGCC